AUGGAGGCCGUGCUGGCGCAGGUAGAGCAGCUGCCUGCCCUCCUGGCUGUCUCCCGCUCUGCGCUGGUGCGGGACUGGGACACUCUAACCUUGGAGAGGGCUCUGGAGUGGGCCCGAUAUUUCCAGCACGUCCAUGGCCGAUUCUGCACCCGCCCUCGGCUCCGGGAGGCCCUUAGCCAGCGGCUACGACGGGGUCAGCGGAGUCCUCUGCUCGGCUUCCCGCACCUGGGACGCUGCUCGCAACUGCUGGGCUUGGCGCUGCUUGAGAACCGCGCUCUGCCACCCGCCGCCUGCCGCCGCCUGAUCCACAGCCUGUUGCAGCCUUCCGGCGCGGAGGCCGGCCCCGAGCCCCGCGACCUGGCGCUCCUCGCCCGCCGAAAGGCUGCCUCCCGCCUGCUGGCGCUACCCCGCGCCCCGUCGCCGCCCCCGCUGGGGAUGGAGCCGCAGCUGCAGUCGGAGGCGCAGCUGCUGCUGAGCCGGCUGCGGGAGGAGCGGCAGGAGGUCGAGCCGGCUGGGGAGGCCGCGGGCCGACUGCGCUGGCUGUCCGGUGUCCUGGAACAGCUCCCUCAGACCCGGGCCUUUGAGGUGGUGGCGGCAGCGCUGCUGCUGCUAAGGCAGGGGAAUGGGGCUGAGGAGGCCGGAGACAGGGCUCAGGAUGGGAACGGCCUUGAUGGAAACCAGGCGAGUGGAGCAGGAGAGGAAUGUAUUGCCGGACUCCUGCUUUCUUGGCUGCUGGGUAACUUAGAGCGACUUUCUUCCUUCUGCCUUUCCCUCCCAGGCUCCCUUCUUGCCUCUAUAGCUGGCCACUAUUCCCAGUUCAGCAGACCUUAUUUGGACCUCUUAACUGAUUGGGGAAGCCACUUGCACUAUGACCCCUUGACGGGACGCUGGGUUAAAAGUUUUGACAAGGCUAAAUUGUCUUGGGAGGAGCUAAGGGAGCACUUCAGCUGUCUCUGUCAGUGGUCUAUGAAACUUAGGGAACAGACCCGUACUGCUUUAAGACUCCUGAAGGCACGGGAUGGAGACUUUAAGGUCUGUGGCCUAAGUGUGUGGACUGACUUACUGAUGGAAGUGGAGAAACAUCAGAGGAAGGUGGCAGAGUGCUAA